AUGUCCAACACCUCCACGGUGAGGGGAUUCCUGCUGCUGGGAUCCUCGGAGGUCCGGGAGCCGCGGCCGGUCCACGCCGCGCCGUUCCUCCCGGUCUACCCGGCGGCCCUGACGGGGAACCUCCUCGUCGUCGCCGUCGCCCUCCUCGGCCGGCGCCUCCGCGCCCCCGUGUACUUCUUCCUCGGGAACCUGGCCCUCGUCGACCUCUGCUUCGUCUCCGUCACCGUCCCCAAAUCCGUCGCCGUCUGCCUGACCGACUGCCGAUCCAUCUCCUUCUUGAGCUGUGCCGCUCAGCUCUUCCUGGUGGUCCUGUUUGCCGCCCCGGAGUUUUUCGUCCUCACGGCCGUGUCCUACGACCGCUACGCCGCCAUCUGCCUCCCCCUGCGCUACGGGGUCGUCGUGGGCCGAGGCGUCUGCGGGAAGAUGGCGGCCGCCUCCUGGCUCGGCGGGGGCCUGGUCGGGGUCUUGUUUUCAGCUUCGACCUUCUCCUUGUCCUUCUGCGGGUCCCACGUCGUCCGGCGGUUCUUCUGUGACGUCCCCUCCCUGCUGAAGAUCACCCGCUCUGAAGACCGCUCCGCCAUCGACGCGAGCGUGACCUUGUCGCUAACCGUAGGUGCCGUCGGCUCCGUUUCCAUCGCCGUCUCGUACGCGCGCGUCAUCGGGGCCGUGCUGAGGAUGCCGGCGGCCGAGGGCCGGGCCGGAGCCUUCUCCACCUGCCUGCCCCAUCUCCUCGUCGUCACCGUCUUCCUCUCCUCAGGCGUGUUUGGCUAUCUCGAGCCGCCCUCACACUCUUCCUCGGUCUUCGACCUGCCGAUGCCCGUGUUCUACGCCGUCGGGCCCCCGGCCCCGAACCCCCUCAUCUACAGCCUGAGGAACCGGGACUUGAAAGCGGCUCUGCGGACGAUCUUGAAAAGGGGAUUCCCCCAGACUCUUCUGUAG